GUGAGUUUAAAAGUGAGUUCUCGUCAUAACAUAUCUUCAUCCAAAGGAGUAACAAUACUAACAAAAAAAUCUGUUUAACAAGUGAAAGUAACUACUUUCCUUAUUACAAGUGUGGUGUAGUAAGGAAUAUUUACAAUUGACCGUUACAGCAAAGAGUACUCCUAUUUCUCAUCUGUGUGAAACGAAUAAGCUGCCAAAAUGACGAGACAAAUAGGUUUCGUCCUUUUGCUGAUUUCAUCAAACUGGAUUCAUUGCCACUGUUUUGCUGCAACGGAUUUCAAAGCACCUGUAAAUCAUAAACCAAGCUUUCACAAUUGUGGAGAGUACAAGCCGACAUUCAAAGAAGAACAAGAACCUGGGACAUCUGUACUCCGCGUGACCGCCACUGAUCCAGACCAAUCUCAAACGGUUAAGUACAGCAUUUUAAAUGUAACGAGACAAGAAGAGCUUUUCACCAUCGAUGAAAAUACCGGUGAGAUCUUUUCGGCACAAAUUUUCGAUCGAGAUCCUCCGUAUCGGGAUACCGAGUUUUACAUCACGGUACGAGCGACCGAUAACGGUCUGCCCAGUCUGGAUGAUGUGUGCACAAUCAAAGUGACAAUUCUAGACAUCAAUGACAAUCCGCCAGUGUUUGAGAAAGAUUAUUAUGAAGCGUUUGUCUCCAUGAAUACGACACUACGCCAGCAUGUGACCAUCAUCACAGCAAAGGAUAUCGACGACCAAACAAAUGACGUUUUUUUCGAAAUCGUAAAGGAAUAUGAAGAUAGCAGUUACUUCGAGAUUGACCAACAUACUGGUGUACUCACACUGGCUAAGCGCAUCGAUCGCCACCCAGGAGAGUAUUAUGCACUUCGUGUUCGCGCUUACAACCAAGGUUGUAUAGAAAACGAAUCAGAACACCCAGAAGUUGAUGUGAAAGUACGCAUAAUUGACGCUGACAAACGCUUACCAUAUUUCACCAAAGUGCCAGAAGCUCCCGUCAAAUUACACGAAAAUUUCACUGCAUUUGAUCAGGUAUUGGCAGAGUUUGAAGCGAAUUCAAAUAUAAAUAAUGAAAGCACCGUUAUUUUUAAAAUAGUUCGAGGUAAAUUUGAACAGACCAACUCGAUGAACACAUUCCUGUUGGAGCAGAUUGAUAAUACAGCCCACAUUAAGCUGGCAAGAGCGCUCGAUUAUGAAAGGGUCAACGAAUACACGAUAACGGUGAGAGCUACGAACAGGCACGAUAUAGCGGUGGAGGCUGAGGUGAAGAUCAUGAUCCUGGACGUGAAUGAUAAUAUUCCGGUGAUCAUUAAAGAUGUAUCAUAUCUCGAAUAUGAACUCAUCGACAAUUCACCGGUAAUCCAAAUACAUGCGUACGAUUUGGAUGCUACAUCAGCUAACAAUAUAAUUUCGUAUAGCAUCGCAGAAAGUAAUCAGCUGCAUUUUACAAUUGAUUCCCACACCGGAACAGUAACGAAACAGAAUAGGUUCAAUGAUGACGAAAAGGACAUUUAUUUUAUUAAAAUAUUUGCCUCAGACAACGCACCAUCCGCCUUAUUUCGAAAUGAUAAACCAAAUAUGAGCUCUCACACGUUAAUAGUUAAAAUUAUCAACAGAGACCUUAACAUCAUUUCCCACAAUGCAGUCACUAACAUUCAAGGACUAAAACAGCGUUCCACUAAUGGCAACACAUUUCACAAAGUUCAAAGUUAUGAGCAGUUCAAUUAUAUCAAUGAAAGGCACAUCAUUGUUCACAAUUAUGAAGGCACGCUUACAGAUAAACUGAUUAGAAGUGUGUACGUCAAUCAUGAUCAGGAAGAUCUUCCCAACAAGAUGUUCCUUUGGGAUGAGAUGACGCCGGAGACGAAUAGGAAGCUCUUCAAACUCAACAUCAACACCGGUAUGAUCACGAUGCUAAAAGGCACACCCGAAGGAAUAUACAAUCUAGCGUUCACUGUGAUUGAAGAAUCGUCCUAUUUUCCACGGCACAACGUAUCUGCUCGAGUGACGGUGACAGUGAAGAAUAUCUCGGCGAAAACAGUCAACCAGAGUGGAUCGAUUCGCUUCUACAAUGUAACUGCUGAGACAUUCAUAUCUCAGACACUGGGUGAGCUCAACACUCCCAUGUAUCGACUUCAGCAAAGCAUUGCAAGCAUUUUAGAUACCAGCCCAGAUCAGGUAGACAUAUUCACGAUCAACAAUCGUAAGCUUGCCCGGGGUGCAUUCUUGGACGUGUUCUUUGCAGUAGAUGAUACUAUUUACACAUCGUCAGAGGUCUUAAAUGCAGUGUUAAGUUUGCAUCUACGCAAAUUGGAGAAAGACGUCGGGUAUCGGAUUGUGACGGUUGGUAUCGAUGAGUGCAUCGAGAAAGGACAUACAUGUGCACAGACAUGCAAGAACAAGGUCCUUAAAACAGCAAAACCAAUCGUAGUGCACACCAACACUAGCUCUUUUGUAGGAAUGACCACAUUGGUGCAAGCACAAUGCAUCCCACAGAUAGAAUCUUCGUUGGUAGCAUGCUUGAAUGGUGGCACUUUCCAGAAUGGUAAAUGUAAAUGUCCCAUGGGGUUCGAAGGUUCCCUGUGUGAGAAAUUGGACAUCUGUUUUGAUGGAAGUGGGUAUGCAAUCUAUCCAUCGAUCAACAGUGGCAACGUAAACAACAUCAGCAUUGAGUUAUUGCCCCGACAUAAAGACGGGUUGGUAUUCUACAUGGGUCCUCUGAAGUAUGACCCAUCUUUGAAGACAUCACCUUUUCUGGCAUUAGAAAUCAACGAUGGUAUGUUGGUCUUACUAUUGGAUUAUGGAACUGGGACGAGCCGUUUCGAGCAUCAACAAAUAGUUUUACACGAGAUUACUAAAGUUCAGGUUAUUUUACAGCCAUAUAGGAUUGAGAUAAAAACAGUGACCAAUAAGAUGGUGAGCAGUAGGAGUCAUUAUGAAAAUAAGGAUUGGAGCGGGUUUCUUACAGGUAAUGUGUCUCUUCAACUAGGAGUUUCUUCAAUUAGUCUCGAUAAGCUGGGAUCUCUAUACAGCUGGAAAUAUGUACCAUAUACGAAGAGUUUUGAUGGAUGUCUACGCAAUCUUACAAUAAACGGGCGCACGGUAGACUUUACCCAAACGAGUCACAAACAUAAUGUUUUAUUCAAUUCCCAGGGAUUCACAGCAGUAGGUAAACAAACUUUUUCGGUAUGGAUUGUAGCUUUAAUAAUAGCGAUAAUGACGAUUUUGAUAAUUAUCGUUAUAGGAUUAAAGGACUUCUUAAAAUCAUGGAUUAAGAUAUUAAUCAGAAAACUGCAAACAGAAUCAAUGAACAUGAUGGUAGAAUUGCAUCCUGCACCUGAACAAUUACCAUGCUUUACCGAAGUCGAUGAAAGAUGUGUCGGAUUGUUUAGUGUCUACUUUGAUUCAACAACACAACGUUGUAUUCUAUCAUAUCUAACAAGGUUUGGUUCCGAGCUCUCACCACUACCCCUAAUCUCGUAACUACAAAAGAAAUAUUUAUACAAAGCGUGCUGGCAGCUGCUGGUGUUUGAAACGUUAGAAAACCGAAGAAAAAACACACGAUCCUGUUUUAUCGCGAUAUUGUUGUUUGGAAAGACAUAUGCCCGUCGCUGGUACAGAAGCUGAAUUUUGUAGUUCCUCGUCAAUCGUCCAGACGACGACGAUUAUUACAAGAAGCACGAUAUAAUACUCGAUAUGUCACACACAGUCCACUUUCAGCAAUGGUAUGUUGUUUUAACGAAGCUGCGGAACAUCUCGAUUACGGCUCGAUUAAGCUAUAACACAUUUUAAAGCUACAAACUAAAAAAAAUAGGUUAAGUUAAGUUAGAUAAUUAAAUAUGUAUUGUAAUGUGAGUUUUUCGGCUCUCAUUAAAUCAAACGUGGUAGAGUAGUUAACAACUUAUAAUAGUAACAUUAAUAAUAAUUGUUAUGGUGAUUAUUUUGCUUUGGUGAGCUAACCUGUAACCAUCACGGCUCUCACUGAGCAGCAUCUCGUGAGAUGCCGCUUGUGACGUGAUCGCCGAAAGAUCUCUCUCUCUCUCUCUCUCUCUCUCUCUCUCUCUCUCUCUCUCUCUCUCUCUCUCUCUCUCUCUCUCCGGUGCGCCUUAUUAUAAGAUAAUGAAUAAAUAUUUACGUGUGUAACUCAAUCGCGAGCAUUCGUUUACCUUUUUUUAUCAUCGCAUGACGACAUUUUUAGCAUUACUUUUGAUAUUUGGAACUGUAUCGCGGAAUCGCAUAAUGUGGAAUCGCGAACUGUAACGACUAUCGUCAUCGUUUAUUUCAAUAUGGGUCUCCUAGCAACAAACGACCUUCAAAUUAUAAACAACAAUGCUUUGUAUCUGAUUCGUAAUGUGAUUCGUAUACAGUUCAGCUUAAGAAGUAAACCGACAAAAUUUCGGAGGUAUGUCGACACAAAACGGAAAAACAGCUUCCUGCCAGAUAUAGUUUCCUUUAAUGGAACAACUUCGUGUAGCAAAGAGGAAACCUGCAAUUUAUUUACCGAUCGU